UGCUAGCCUAUAUAAACUGGUGGGGCAUUUUCUUUUCUCCACUCUUAUCCCUGCUUUCCUUAGUAGCCAGCAAAGAGACAGCUGUCCCCGAGGUCAUCCAAAAGGCUCAGAUCCUCACCAUGGAAAACAGCGUUGAUGUCAAGAUAGAAACCAGGGGGGAAAGAAAGCCAAGAAAGCAAAGUCAGUUAAGUAAAGGCGGAAAGAGAGUCUGCAGAGCUGUUGGGUACAUCACAGGAGACAUGAAGGAAUUUGGUGCCUGGCUGAAAGAUAAGCCCAUCAUGAUCCAGUUUGUUGACUGGGUGCUGCGUGGGAUCUCCCAGGUGAUGUUUGUCAAUAAUCCCCUCAGUGGUCUGAUCGUAGUCGCUGGUUUCCUGGUGCAGAACCCAUGGUGGACACUCACAGGCUGCUUAGGAACAGUUGUCUCAACCUUAACAGCACUUAUUCUGGGUCAAGACAGAUCGGCCAUAGCAGCAGGCUUGUAUGGCUACAAUGGGGUCUUGGUGGGAUUGCUCAUAGCAGUCUUCUCUGCUAAGGGAGAUUACCAUUGGUGGCUUCUACUGCCGGUAGCACUGGUGUCAGUGACAUGCCCUGUUUUCACCAGCGCUUUAGGUUCAGUCUUCUCUAAGUGGGAUCUGCCUGUUUUCACCUUGCCUUUCAACUUGGCCUUGACCCUCUAUCUGGCUGCAUCAGGACCCCAUAACCUCUUCUUCCCUACAACCGUCAUUCAGCCUGCAACAACAACACCAAACAUCACCUGGACAGACGCUGACAUGUCAAUGCUGCUGCAAUCCAUUCCAAUUGGGGUGGGCCAGGUUUAUGGCUGUGAUAAUCCCUGGACUGGGGGAAUUUUCCUGCUUGCUCUAUUUAUCUCAUCUCCACUCAUCUGCCUGCAUGCAGCAAUCGGAUCAGCAGUGGGGAUGUUGGCAGCACUGAGCUUAGCAACACCUUUUAGCACGAUCUACUCUGGUUUAUGGAGCUACAACAGCUCCCUCUCAUGCAUUGCCAUUGGGGGCAUGUUCUACGCAUUCACCUGGCAGACACAUUUGCUGGCAAUUGCCUGUGCACUCUUCAGUGCCUAUCUGGGAGCGACAAUGGCGAAUAUGUUGUCUGUGUUCGGGGUGCCACCAGGAACCUGGUCUUUCUGUUUAUCCGCGCUGACCUUUCUGUUAAUGACCACAAACCACUCAGCCAUCUACAAGCUUCCGCUCUCCAAAGUCACCUAUCCAGAAGCCAAUCGAGCAUAUUAUCUGAAGAUGAAGAAACAUCACAUGUCUUGCUGUGACGUAUAAAGACGGAA